GUGACGUAAUAACUUUAUAAAAAGCUGCAAAACCACCAAGGACAAACACAUCUUCUCCAAGAUACCAGGAAAAUGGAUCUUGGCGCUGAAUCCUACGUUAUCAUGAAUGAUGGAAACAAAAUGCCCGUGAUUGGACUUGGAACGUACGCCCCGGCGAAGUUCCCCAAAGUUCUAGCUGAAGAAGCCACCAAGGUGGCUAUUGAAGUCGGCUAUCGGCACAUUGACUGCGCCUAUCUGUAUGGGAAUGAGGCAGACGUCGGCCGCGCUAUGCGAGAGAAAAUUGCCGAUGGGACAGUGAGAAGAGAAGAUCUAUUUUACACCGGAAAGCUUUGGGCCACAUUCCAAACCCCUGAUCUUGUCCGACCAGCCCUGGAAAGGUCUCUGAAGAGCCUACAGCUGGAAUACAUGGACUUGUUCAUCAUUCACACUCCUAUGGAAAUGAAGCCCGGGGACGAUCUAUUUCCCGUAGAUGACAAUGGCCAGUUCAUAAUUCACAAUACAGACAUACGAGACACAUGGGAGGUCAUGGAAAGGUGUAAGGAUGCUGGACUGGUGAAAUCCAUUGGAGUUUCCAACUUUAAUCGCAGACAAAUUGAGCUGAUCCUUAAUAAACCAGGAUUGAAGUACAAGCCAGUGUGCAACCAGGUAGAAUGCCAUGUUUAUCUGAAUCAAAGAAAACUCUUAGACUUCUGCAGAUCCCAAGAUAUCGUUCUAGUUGGAUACAGCGUGCUGGGGUCCAGCCGGGAUGAACAAUGGAUUGACCAAAAUUCACCAGUUGUCCUUGAGGAUCCUGUCUUGGCCGCCAUUGCCAAAAAACACAAUAAGACCCCAGCUCAGGUGGCUGUGAGAUAUUUCCUACAACUUGGAGUUGUUGUCCUGGCGAAGAGCUUCAACCCCAAAAGGAUUAAAGAAAACUUUCAGGUCUUUGAUUUUAUCUUGCCUCCUGAAGACAUGAAUGACCUUGACGCUCUCAACAAAAAUUAUCGCUAUGUUCCAGCCGAACAAUUUGCGGAUCACCCCAAGUAUCCUUUCACAGAUGAGUACUGAAGAGGACGCCUUCACUCUGCUUCUGUAAAUCAGAUAUUUUUUAAUCCACCUAGAUCCAACUUUCUAAGUUAAUUUCUUAAAGGAGAACUGCGGCGCAAAGUUUUUAAACUUCCCUGUGCCCGGACUGCAAAAAAAAAAAAAAACUAUAACUCACCUUUCUACGUUCCCCUGUUGCAGGGAUAUCGGCAUCCCGUUCCUCCACCGCUGCUCGUUUUCCUUCUUCUUAGGCUUGAAACAUCACAGUGCAGUCAGUGUAUCGCCGGCCGCAGUGAUGUUCCACCCCGGCCAGUGAUAGGGUGAGCGUACGGUCAUGUAAGGAGCCCGGGCAGCAGGGAGAAGGCGGGGCCUUCAAUUGCAUUUAUAAAUAAUAUACAAUGUUAAUCAUUAACCCCCCCCCUCCAGGAAUUUUAGACAUUAACCCAUAACUAUCCCAGACAACUAUAUAGGCAAUAGAUAUUAAUAAUAUUAAACCUAACCAUCGACAACCAAAAAUACUAAGUAUUAACAACUUAAAGGAACACUUCAAAAAGGCUGAUACAAUUAAGUGGGUUGUGCAUUAACCCCAUAACAACCCAGGAAAUUAAAAUUUUUGCAUUUUG